AUGGACAUUACCAUCCACCACCCUUGGAUACACCGGCCCUUCGGCUUCUCUCCGUUCUUCCCUCCCCGCCUCUUCGACCAGAGGUUCGGCGAGGGGCUGCUGGUAUCCGACAUGUUCUCCGGCAUGAACACGCUCAGUCCUUACUACUCGCGGGUGCCUCAUAUCCCGGACACCGGGCUCUCGGAGGUGAAGCUGGAUAAAGACAAGUUCUCAGUCCACUUGGAUGUGAAACACUUUUCACCAGAGGAGCUGAGUGUGAAAGUUGUGGGAGACCACAUUAAAGUGCAUGCCAAACAUGAGGAGCGCCCAGAUGAACACGGCUACAUCUCCCGGGAGUUCCACCGCCGCUACAUGAUCCCUAAGGGGGUCGACCUGGGUUCAGUCACCUCAGCACUGUCUCCAGACGGGGUCCUCUCCAUCACAGCCCCCGUUGCCCAGGGUGCCCUUCCCCAGGAGCACACCAUCCCCAUCAGCCGCCAGGAUAACCCUGCGGUUGCUGGGAAGUAGUCGGGGUACCUGCCUGGGCCCGAAAGCUUGCUCUCAUUCUCCUCUGAAGCCAGCAUCGUGGGCCGCCUCUCCUGUCAACAGUAGCCAG